AUGGUUGAUGCUCAGUAUGCACCACUUACUGCAACUUUGGUGAGAACGCUUACUGAUAAACUGUACGAGAAGAGGAAAGCUGCUGCUCUUGAUAUAGAGAAGUUUGAUUUAUUUUAUUAUAGCUCUACCAUUGUAUGUAAUAUGAUUAUGAGCAGAUGG